AUGCAGGAGUGUUCAUACCUCAUCGAUAGACUCUUAUACACCGGAAGACUCGAAUCCACAGACACACGAGAUUACAUCUAUGUUAUCCUCCGUCUCACAAGCUACCCGUCAUUGUCUAUGUCAAUCGAAGAAUGGGAUGAAGCAAGGAGAUCGUCACUCCUCAUCCCUGUCGACUAUUCGACCACUUGGGACGCUGUUGCCUGGGUUACACUCAUGACAGAGGGUCUUGCACUGCUACCCAAGUUCAAGGUACUGGACGCAAAGGAAGAGAACCCUACACUUCUUUCCUGGGCUAUAGACUGGCACAUCACUACACGAUGCUUCCGUAGACGACAAGUGGAAGAGAAAACAGUUUUGGCCAUAGAUCGGUUUCGUCUCUUGGGUCUUUGGAGAUACCGUCUGCUUCUGCAAGCACCCUAA